AUGGCCAAGAAUCAGACGAAAAGACAGAAAAAGGUAUCUGCCUCUCUUGAUCUUAUAAAUUUUGAUGAGAAUAUCUUCUACAACAUCUUCAAGAAGCUUGAAGCUGAUACUUUAUACAAUUUAAGGGUGUUCUGCAAGCAAUGGUAUAAUUUGAUAUUAGAUCCUCAUUUUGCUAAUUCCAAUCUCCCUUACGCGGAACCUGGUAUCUUGACCCAAACCCAUGCCCACAAGGGUUAUUCACUACGUCUUAUAAAGAUGAAAGAAGGAAAGGUGAAGGUAGAGAAAUUGAAUUUGUAUUUUGAGGAGCCAAUACGUGCUUCAUGCAAUGGACUUGUCUUGAUGAAAGAUCUCCCGGAACCUGGAGAUUUAUCAGUAGGGAACCUUCUCACCAGAAAAGGUACAAAAUUGCCUUUGGAAACUUGCAAUUUACCUCUUCACAAUGUUUUUGGGUUCACACAUAUUAAGGAAACAGGUGAAUACAAGAUCGUGUGCCAAAUGUUUGAUGACAAUAUUGGUUCUAUUGUGUACAAGAUACUCACUCUUGGUUCUAAUGAAUGGAGACAAGUGAAGGGGCCUCAAUUGGCUUCGAAUAAGCAUGAACCCUUAUCCAUUAACAGUUGUGUGUAUUCACUAAUCAUUGAUGAUGAGAUUGAAGAAGAAUUCUUGUUUUCCAUAGACACUGCUGAUGAAACUUCUCACAAGAUGGCACUUCCAUUAUUUCGACGCCCAACUUUUAUAUGUCCUGUAGAUUGUAACCUAAUGGAUCUCGGAGGAGAAAUAUCACUUGUGGCAGGGUUUGUGUAUAAUGGUUAUGCUGAAGUGUGGGUUCUGUACAAUGACCAGGAAUUCUUUAUUGAGAAAGAAUGGACUAUGCUACACCGCAUCUACUUUCGAGUUGAAAGAUUCGGUCGUCAAGAUGUCCUACAAUUUGUUGUGCCAAUUGGUAGCCUUUGCAAUGGUAAACUAAUAUUGUUCGUUCACGCAGAUAAUCCAUUUGGUUCCUGUUAUGUAGCUGAUAUGGAAAUGAAGCAUGUGGUAAAGAUGUUACCAAAUGUCAAGGCCAACAGAUAUCAUUGUAUAUCGCACUUGAACAGCCUCAUUUCAUGCCAAUCUUUGUAG